AGCAAUAGCAGUAUCUAAUAUGAAAUAUUAAAUAAAUAUAAACUGAUUGUUUAGUGGAGAAGGCGUUGCUAGUUCAGUCACUAAGUUUUACCUGUAAUCUGUACAGAAGAGUCACACAUUAAAUUCCGAUCCCCAUGUGUUUUUACGGACCUGUUGCGUUCAUAAGAAAGAUCCUGCCCGCAGGCACCCAGAAAUCCUGUCUGCUCAUACUAGGAUUAGAUAAUGCAGGAAAAUCCACCUUGACAGCCAGCCUGGCGGAGAUUUUCAAUGGAGAUUCCAAGGAACCUGGCAAACAAGCCAGUGAAUGGAGCUUGACCAUCAAUAAUUCCAGAGUGCAGUUGUGGGAUAUAAACGGGGAACUGAAGAAUCGCCAGAGCUGGCCAAACUAUUACAAGAAAGUGAAGGUUUUGAUUUUUGUACUGGACAGCACGGAUGCACUGCGGCUAAGCGAGGCUCGUUGUGUUCUUUGCGAUGUGCUGAUGCAUCAGGAACUGGAUAAGGCGCCUCUGCUGAUCGUGUCCAACAAGAAGGACGCCUCGGGAUCUCUGUCCAUGUCCACAGUUAUCGAUUUGAUGGGUCUGGAUCGCCUAAGUGCUCGAGAUUGGACUUUAAAGGAAUGUUCAACGCGGUCAGGUUCUGGUGUUCAGGACAUCGUGAGUUGGAUUAGCGAGAAGAUCAAUGGGAACAGGAAGUGAUUUAUCAAAUUUUUAUAUUUUCACAAAUCUGCCUAUCUAUUAAAUAAUAUAU